AUGUUUAUUGUCACUUCGUGUUUUGAGGUUAUGUCUUGUUAGUGUUAUGAUUUUAGUAAAUUACAUUUAAUACUUUUUUAAUUGACAACAAAAACUAUUUAAGAUGCCUCUACCUCCUGCCAGUGGCACUGGUAAAUAUUACGCAUUAGCGGCAAAAUCAAUUCGCUUAAUACGUCAAGGAUGUACAAAUAGACCGUUUUUUCAUAUAUCAGUUACUCAGCGAAAAAGAUUAAAUAGCCAACCAGUAAUUGAACAGUUGGGUUCAUAUGAUCCUAUGCCAAAUAUAAAUAAUGAGAAAUUGGUUGCUUUGAAUUUAGAAAGGCUAAAAUUCUGGCUAGGACAGGGAGCUCAUGUAACAUCUCCAGUAGCCGAGUUGUUGGGUCUAGCUGGGUUUUUCCCAAUUCAUCCAAAAUCAUAUAUGACAGCAUGGAGAAACAGACAAGCGGAACAAGACAGACUAACGAGUGAAAAAGAAGCAGCCAAGAGUACUGCAUAAUUUAAGAUAUUAGUAAAAUGUAGCAAUUAUGAUAAAUAAAUUUAGUAACUUGUAUUUUUUUUAAAGUGGUUAUGUUCAGUCUUGGAUAAUAAUGACAUUCUGGCCUUUCUAUGGAAACUUAAAAUUAAUAAGAAAACUAACUGUCAAUUUUGUUUCAAUAAAUACUGCAGAGAACUAGAACUAUAAAAUAUUUAGACCAUAUUUUGCUGGGACUUGUCUUACUAAGAAAAAAUAAGGUAACACAGAAAGAAACAAGCAGAUCAAUGAACUUCUUUAUUUAAGUGAAUUGGCAUUCUUAAUAUAAUUCUUAAUGAAAAAUCAGACAGCCAGUAACAAGGCACAAAACAGAAUUUACAUUUCAAGCAUCAACCAACCUGUUAUAAAUUCAGGCACUACCAUCACGCUUAAAUUCUCUAAGUGGCAACACAAAAGCUUGUGCGAAAACCGCAAAU